AUGCAGACUACCAUAGAGAUCGAUUCUCUGUACGAAGGGAUUGAUUUCUACACGACGAUCACGAGGGCGAGGUUCGAGGAAAUGAACAUGGAUUUGUUCUUGAAAUGUAUUGAGGCGGUGGAGAAAUUCCUGCAAGAUGCGAAGAUCGACAAGCGCCAAGUUCAUGACGUGGUUCUUGUAGGUGGGUCCAUGAGGAUUCCCAAAAUUCAGAACAUGUUGGAGGACUUUUUCAAUGGGAAGGAGCUUUGUAAGAGUAUUAACCCCGAUGAAGCUGUGGCUUACGGUGCUGCGGUUCAGGCCGCGAUUCUGAUCGGUGAAGGGAUCGAGAAGGUGCAGGACUUGUUGCUACUCGAUGUCACGCCACUUAGUCUUGGGCUCGAAACUGCUGGUGGUAUUAUGACAACUCUGAUUUCUAGGAAUACGACGAUUCCGACGAAGAAAGAAUAUAUUUUCUCUACGUAG